AUGGCAUCGACUUUGCUUACUUUCCAAAGUCUCAGUUUUCUGCCUGCGCCUCACAAGCCCAUUGCACUCCUGGAGCUGGACCCACUCCCUCCACCUCCACGAGAUGGGUUUCUUGCAGAUCGUCCCCUCUUGAGUGAUGGAGCCGACGAAGCCGCAAAUCGGCGUGUGCGAGCGCAGUCGUCACUGGAGUCUCGCCGAUCGUUCUUCUCGGAGAACUUCCCGGACGUGUCCGGCACAGAGAACCACCCGCCGAACCGGAUCUUGCACAACUUUCACACCGCCCGAAUGGACAAGAUGCUGGAGGAGUUUUCGACACGUUCGGGCAGGUUGAAGCUGAAGAAUGAGAUUGCCUUGCGCAGGGCGCCGAGCGCUCCGGACGGACGGGUGCUAAAGCCCUCUGCCUCUGUGCGAAGGCCGUUGUCGCGGAGCAUCACAUGGAGGUUGUGGUAG